GGCGGACAGGGAGGGGCGUCGUCCGGGCCUGCACUCCCGGAGGCCCGCGUCCCGAGGAAGCCUAGGGCGUCCACCGAGGAGGGGCCUGCACCUCGUCCGCUCGCGCCGGGCUGGCUGAACGACCGGCUACCCAGAGGCCGCGGGCGGGGCGGACUCUACGGGGACUUGAGGGUAGGGAAGCAGGUUCAGCUUCUCAUCUCUGUCCUUCAUGUACUCCAGGCUGUUUUCUGUGGUUUAGUCAAAAAGCCAUGUAAGCUUGCUGACCUUGAAGACCUUGUGUAAGACUUCUAGUAAGACAGCUGCAUUGUUGAAAGUUUUAAAAGAAUAUAAUUGUAUGUGUUGUAACAGAAAGAAAAAUGGAAGUAUUUCAGGAACUUCGUAAACCAUCAGUACGUUUGGAGUGUGACCACUGCAAUUUCAGAGGCACGGAUUAUGAAAACGUACAAAUCCACAUGGGCACCAUCCAUCCAGAAUUUUGUGAUGAAAUGGAUGCUGGUGGGUUAGGUAAAAUGAUAUUUUACCAGAAAAGUGCAAAGCUAUUUCAUUGCCAUAAAUGCUUCUUCACCAGCAAGAUGUACUCUAAUGUAUACUAUCAUAUCACAUCCAAACAUGCAGCCCCAGAGAAAUGGAAUGAGAAACCAAAAAACCAGUUAAACAAAGAAACAGAUUCUGUGAAAAGCCCUCCUCUUCCUGAACACCAGAAAAUGCCCUCUAAUUCAGAACUCCAGAAACCUGUACCUGCCCUUUCCAUAGAAACAGAGAAACUUGGCACACUUUUGUCUCCAGAAUCACCCAAACCUACUCCUCUUACUUCCCUGGAGCCUCAGAAACCUGGUCCUGUUUCUCCUGAGCCACAAACACCUCUUCCUUCUCCUGAGCCACCAAAAACUACCCCUGUUUCUUCUCCUGAACUUCCAAAACCAGUCCCUGUUGUUUCUGAAUCUCAGAAACCAGUUCCUUCACCAGAACCACAGAAACUUGCUCCUGUAUCUCCUGAGCCAGUAAAGGCUACUCUUAUUAAUCCCAAACCUCAGAAACACUCCCAUUUCCUAGAAACAUUGGGGCCGCCUUCAGCCUCCUCUCCAGAGUCACCAGUUCUAGCUGCUUCUCCUGAACCUUGGGGGCCAUCCCCAACUGCGUCUCCAGAGUCUCGGAAGCCAGCCCGGACAAUUUCCCCUGAGCCAAGGAAGCCAUCCCCGUCAGAGUCUCCUGAACCUUGGAAGCCAUUCCCUGCUGUCUCUCCAGAGCCUAGGAGACCAGCCCCAGCUGUGUCACCAGGUUCUUGGAAGCCAGGGCCACCUGGGUCGCCCAGGUCUUGGAAAUCCAGUCCUUCAGCAUCAGGACCCUGGAAGCCAGCUAAACCUGCUCCAUCUGUGUCUCCUGGACCUUGGAAACCAAUUCCUUCUAUAUCACCCGGACCUUGGAAACCAACUCCAUCUGUGUCCCCUGCAUCCUGGAAGUCUUCGUCAAUCUCAUCUGGUUCCUGGAAAUCUCCCCCUGCAUCUCCUGAAUCAUGGAAGUCUGGCCCACCAGAACUGCGAAAGACAACUCCCACCUUGUCACCUGAACAUUGGAAGACAGUUCCCCCAGUGUCUCCUGAGCUCCGUAAAGCAGGACCUCCCUUGUCUCCUGAGCUUCGCAAACCGGGCCCACCAUUGUCCCCAGACAUUCGUAGUCCAGCGGGAUCUCCAGAGCUCAGAAAACCCUCAGGAUCUCCAGAACUUUGGAAGCUUUCUCCUGACCAGCGGAAGACUCCUCCUGCUUCACUCGAUUUUCCUGAGUUCCAGAAAAGUUCCCGUAGUGGUUCCCCUGAUCUCUGGAAGUCUUCCUUUUUUAUGGAACCUCAGAAACCUGUCUUCCCUGAGACCCGGAAACCUUGUGGGCCACCUGAGUCCCCUAAAGCGGCCUCCGAUAUCUGGAAGCCUGUUCUCUCUAUUGAUACUGAGUCUAGAAAGCCUACUCUGUUUUCUGAGCCUACCAAAACAGCCCCUCCUGCUUCUCCUGAACCACGAAAACGCGCUCUUUUUCCAGAGCCCCGGAAACAUGCCCUUUUCCCUGAACUUUCCAAAUCUGCUGUGUUCUCAGAAUCUCAAAAGGCAAUUGAAUUGGGUGAUGAACUACAGCCGGAUGCCAUAGAUGAUCAGAAGUGUGAUAUUUUAGUUCAGGAAGAACUACUAGCUACACCUAAGAAACUCUUAGAAGACACUUUAUUUCCUUCCUCAAAGAAACUCAAGAAAGACAACCAGGAGAACUCUGAUGCUGAGCUUAGUAGUAGUGAAUAUAUAAAAACAGAUUUGGAAGCAAUAGAUAGUAAGGGCCAAGAAUCAAGCAGUGAUCAAGAGCAGGUUGACGUGGAAUCUAUUGAUUUUAGUAAAGAGAACAAAAUGGACAUGACUAGUCCAGAGCAGUCCAAAAAUGUGCUACAAUUUACUGAAGAAAAAGAGGCUUUUAUCUCUGAAGAAGAGAUUGCCAAAUAUAUGAAGCGUGGAAAAGGAAAGUAUUAUUGCAAAAUUUGUUGCUGUCGUGCUAUGAAAAAAGGUGCUGUUUUGCAUCAUUUGGUUAAUAAGCAUAAUGUUCAUAGCCCUUACAAAUGCACAAUUUGUGGAAAGGCUUUUCUUUUGGAAUCUCUCCUUAAAAAUCAUGUAGCAGCCCAUGGGCAAAGUUUACUUAAAUGUCCACGUUGUAAUUUUGAAUCAAAUUUCCCAAGAGGCUUUAAGAAACAUUUAACUCAUUGUCAAAGCCGGCAUAAUGAAGAGGCAAACAAAAAACUAAUGGAAGCUCUUGAACCACCAUUGGAGGAGCAGCAGAUUUGAUUUUUAAAAACAUUGUGGCUAUAUGCUCUACAAAGUUGUUUAUUGAAACCAGGUGUUGAAAGUAUAGUUAAAUAGCCUAGUUGGAUUAGUAGAUGUUGCUGUGUAUGGUGUACAGUGUUUGUCUCAGUAGUGUUACACAGAAUAGGCAUUUGGUUAUUUUUUUCAUGGUCUCUGUUUAUGUUGCUAUCUUGUAAGUCAGUUCAGACUAUAUAUUCCAGAUGGAUAAAAUAUCUAAUCUCUUUUAAGUAUAUUUGAAUAAUAAAAAGAUGUAGGCGUCCAUUUAACAAGCAAGAGCAAGUUGUUACUCAAUUUAAAAUAUCUAGUUAAAAAGUGUAUUUUUUUGUGUGUGUGAAACUCAUUUCAGACAAUGGCAAUUACUAGUUGGAAUGUUUAAGAAUUAGGCAUGAAAAUUUUGAGACAUUUUGUUCUUUUAAAAGUAUUUUCAGAUCAUAAAAUUUAUUUUGAAGUUUCUAUUUGAUCAUUUUUAUAAAUCUUGAACAGUUUCUAGAUGUUUAUUAACUUUUAUGUCUUGGAAAAUUGGAGUCUCAGGGUUGCUGAUUUUCUGCUAAAAGAGGGAAAAUUGAGUAAGUAUAAAAAACUGUUCGCAGCCUUCUCCUAAAGGAAACUGAGAAAGGUGAGUAUGAUUUCUAGGUCUUGUCCUUAGUUGUUUGCGUUGAAGUCUUCCAUUCUGUAUCUUAUCCCAAGCUCUGGCCCUUCACUUCCCUGUGAGCUCACACCAAUAGAUGAUCCUUAAUUGCCAAAUGUGUUAUUAGAGUUGUACCUCCUACUCCUGGGCCUUACGUGCCACCUGUUGGGGCUUCAGAUCAGGGUUAUGAGUAGGAACCGAAAAGUCUUCCAGAUUCACCAUAGACAAUGUUUUAAAGACAUUUCCGUUUUAGAAUGUGUCCAUUCUUGUUUUUAAAGUUGUUACUGUAAAUACCUUGAGCCUGUUCAUGGAUUAUUCUAUUCUAAAAUAUUUUGUCAAAUGUGUAUCAACCAAAUUAAAAACAAAGGCUUUCAUGUCAC